GGCCGUCGCCGGGCGACGUCAUCCCUGCGCGCGCGCCCCCCCCCGAGGCGGGGAGGAGGGGAGCAGGAUGCUGAGCCGCCUGCAGGAGCUCCGCAAGGAGGAGGAGACGCUGCUGCGGGUCAAGGAGGCGCUGCACGACCAGCUCACCCGCCUCAAGGUGGAAGAGUUGGCUCUUCGGUCCAUGAUCAACGCCCGGGAAGGGACGGUGUUCACUCCCUCGGCUGCUGUCACGGAGGAGCACGUAAACAUGGACAAUGAAAUGGCCAUUAAUCAGACCAAACUGCAGUUACAAGUGCAUGGUGAUGAGGAGGAAGAGGAAGAGGAGGAAGAAUCCGAUUCCUAGGGCGCCAGUGUUGCUGUCAGGCCAGUGUUCCAGGAAAAGAUUUCCGAAGCCACCCCUGGCUUUGAUGAAACUUUGUGCGGUGCUACAGAGACUAAACUCCAACCAGAAAUGCCGCUGAGCAUCUCACAAACUUCCGAAGGCGGUAAUCAAUUGACGGGGCAGGUUGGAAAAAAGGCAGUAUUGAAGCCUAAACUAUGUAGCAACGGGUCAUUUUCUAGAUCAGGGGUCUCCAACCUUGGUCCCUUUAAGACUUGUGGACUUCAACUCCCAGAGUCCCUCAGCCAGCAAAGCUGGCUGAGGAACUCUGGGAGUUGAAGUCCACAAGUCUUAAAGGGACCAAGGUUGGAGACCCCUGUUCUAGAGCAGACCUACGUUUCAAAACAAGUAGCAGUUCAGGAAAACGAAGCUUUUGAAGCAAUAAUCUGUCUGUGAAACAUCUCCUGCCCAGUUGUAAAAAAAAAAAAAACAGCUGGGAAGCGAAGCCAGUUGGUUUUCCUGAACCUCCUAUGGACAAAUUGCACAAAAGUAGUGAAAAAUGUGGGGUGUGUUUUUACCCCACCCCCACCCCCCGUAUGGCUGUAUACGACUCCUUUAUUCUGGUUGGUUUGAGCCUGUUUUAUGAAACUUGUAUGGAAUAAAAAAACUUACGUUUUGUUUA